AUGGCAGAAAAUUUAGGUAGUUGUCUGGUUUGUCCAAUAACAUUUACUCUAUUUUGUGAUCCAGUUGUGGCUGAAGAUGGUCACACAUAUGAACGUCAAGCUAUAAUUGAUUGGAUUCAACAAAAUAGUACAAGUCCAUUAACACGUGAACCAAUUACAAUUGCAGGUUUACGUUCAAAUCAUAUUGUUCGAAAUUUAGUUGAUGAAUUUCGAAAAACUUUAUCGAAACAUAAUUAUAAAUUUAAAUUAGGUGUUGAUAUUGAACGUUCUCAAAAUCCAUUUUUUCAAACAACAGGUAAAGCUCUCUUUGAAGGUAAAUGGAUUGGUUAUCCGAAUGGACCACGUAUUAUUUUGCUUAAAUUACUUGGUGCACGUGCUGAAAAAGAAGCAUCAUUUUAUGAACAUUUAACACGUCAUCCACAUAUUGUUUAUACAUAUGGUUUAGUUGAACAACCAAAUACUACUUCUAAUACAUUUCUUAUGCUUCUACAAGAAAUGGCACCUGAAGGAAGUUUACUUAAUGUUCUGGAACAUUAUUCAGAAAAAUAUCCUAAUAGUCCAUUAUCAGAUUUAUUACUUAAUCAUAUUUUUUUACAAAUAAGUGAUGCUAUGACAUUUCUAUCAUCGAAAGGUAUUAUACAUGGUGAUUUAGCUUGUCGUAAUGUAUUAGUAUUUCAUUUUGAUACACAAGAACCGAAUAGAACAUUAGUUAAAUUAACUGAUUUUGGUAUUAGUCGUGGUAAUAGUAUUUAUUCAAAAAUAGAUGCUGUUGCUACAGUUAUUGAUACAAUACCAAUUCGAUCAUCAGCACCUGAAGUACUUCAAGAUAGUGAUAAUGAUUCUACAGAUGUUUAUUCAGAAAAAACAGAUAUGUUUGCUAUGGGUGUACUUAUGUGGGAAGCUUAUUCAAAUGGAAGAAUACCAUGGAGUGAAAUACAUAAAGAGUCAAGCGUACGUAAAAAAGUAAUCAAUGGAGAACGUUUAUCACGUCCAGAUAAUUGUAAAUCAGAUUGUCAAUGGAAUUUAAUAUUAAAAUGUAUGUCACAAAAUCCUGAUGAUCGACCAACAUUUAAGGAAUUAACGAAACAAUUAACAGAAUUGAUAACUUUACCUAUUGAUUCACAUUUACCAGUCAGUGUUUAA